UCUCAUCACUUCGCCAGGCACAGACUGGCCGCACCAUCUCACGCUCCGGGAAUGGGAUCUUUACUGGGUUCAAAGAAAAACUUCCAAUUCUUUCGAGUUUAUGCUCUGCAAAAGUUACUUUUCAAACUGCAGGGAUAGUUGUUACUGCAGUGUGCAGGGUGACAGCAGCACAGAGCCACUGGCCAAUGAUCUCCAAGACGCACCAGAAGUUGUGUGAGAGGUUCAGGAGCUAGGAAUCAGUAUAGUAUCAUAAAGUGGGCUCUGCUUACAGUGAUUAGUCAGGUAUCCUUGCUUACCACAGUUUCUACCGUCGAAGUGUAAGCAAAGUAAGUGUGCGUAAAGUUGGAGCUGUUAAGCACGGUUGAAAGUUAGUUUAUGGGGGAGGCUAAUGCAAGGAGGUGUAAAAACAAAACAAAACACGGAUUUAGUAACUUUUAAAAUAAGUAAGAGUUGUCAAAAACCUGACAACCAUGGCAAAAUGGUUCAGAGAUUUCCCCAUCAACCUGAAGAACGGAACCGAAAGGGUGCGCUCAGCCUCCGAAUCUGGUACACAAACCCGACCCAAACCUUCGUUUUCACGAGACAGUUUGAAAGGAAAUCAGCGCAGAGAUGGGGGAGUGGGGGGUUUGUUGGCGGGGAGAAAUAGGAAGAAUUCGGCUACAGAACUUGGUCGCAACAAUGCUGGUUCUGGUGGAACAGUCUGGGAUAGUCUCACAGCUGGAAAAUGUCGCAAGAACGCCAAGAGCGAGACUGGGUCAUCAGAUGAGAACCGCCAGGUCAGGACCUCUAGUCUGGCGCAAGCGUACAUCAGCAGAAUGAUCAAAGUGGACAAACAAGAAAAGACCCCCAAAUUUAAUGGGAUAAAUGAACAGAAGCUGCCUGAGAAUGAGAAGGGAAGAUCUGACAUCAAAACUACGCUUAUUAUCCUGGAGGACUAUGCAGAUCCUUUUGAUGCGGAGAAAACCAAGGAGCAGAGAGAGGCUGAGAGAGCAGGGGUGAAUGAUGGGUACAUGGAGCCUUAUGAUGCCCAAGUCAUCAUCACAGAGGUUCGUAGACGGGGCUCCAAAGACCUCCUAAAAGUGUGUGUCCUGUUGGAUCGAGGCCAGAGAGAGGGGAAGGCAGAAGAGGGAAUGCCUACACCCCCAAAUAUCUAUGACAUACCCUAUGAAGGAGGACUAGAGGGCGACAGUGAGGGGGUCUGGAUCCCUGUCACACGACCAGAGUCUGAUGUCCGUCCAGCUGGAGAGUACGAGCUGCCGUGGGAGUGGAGAAAGGAGGACAUUGUUAGAGCACUGGCAGCUCAGUUUGAGGCGGUGGAUUGUUCUCCCAGUAAAGAGAACAAUUCAAGCUCUGGUCGCCAGCAGCAGCAGCAGCAGCAACAGCAGCAGCAGCAGCAACAGCAGCACACCCUGAGGCAGAGGAACUGGAGCCAUAAAACACUUGUCUCCUCUUCUUCGUCAUCUUCCUCUUCCUCAUCCUUUCCAUCUUCCCCUAUUCUUAAACUCUCCCCUCUGACACAGGUAUCUCCCUCCUUUCCAACCCUCAAGCUCUCACCCUCAUCCAGCCCUACUAAACUUUCCCCCCCAUCUCCUACCUCUCCCAGUGCCCCACUGGAUGGGGAGGCAGCCAAAAUCGACCCCAGUGUGCCCCUGGAGAAGCAGAGCUGGUACCAUGGCAGUGUGAGUCGGCAGCAGGCUGAGGCUCAGCUGCAGCGCUGCAGGGAAGCAAGCUUCUUGGUGAGAGACAGCGAAUCAGGAACCAGCAAAUACUCCAUUGCUCUGAAGACCAGUCAAAGCUGUGUGCACAUCAUUGUGGCCCAGACUAAGAACAGUAAGGGCUUGUGCUACACACUGGAUCAGAGCAGCUGUGUUUUCUCCAAUAUCCCUGAGCUGGUCUACCACUACCACACACACAGACUGCCUUUCACUGGAGCAGAGCACAUGACCCUGCAGCAUCCUGUGCCCAGGCCACACUGAGGAUACAUAAAGAGAGACACACUCGGACACAAGCACACAUGCUCACACACAAGCAGAGACAUUUAGACACAAAUCUGCACAGGCACAUACAUAAAUAUGUUGACAUAUGUGCACACACAUACUCAAAGACAUGCUGCUUUGGAUUCUUGUGUACUACUCUGAUAAGUUAUAGUUUUUGUCGCCUCCAAACACUACCUAGUGGUCAAUAUCAGACACUACAGCAGAUUGUACACAUUGCUAAAGAACUGAACGUCUUCCAUCUAAAUCAGCAAACACACCAAUGCUUUGAUCCCUGAAAUGAUAAACAAGAAGAUAUAUUCGGCCCCCUUUUACCUUCAGAAUUGCUUUAAUUCUUCAUGGCAUAGAAUCAACAAGGUGCUGGAAACAAACAAUCUUCAAACAUUUGGUCCAUAUUGACCUGAAUACAUCAUGCAGUUUUGUCAUUUGUGGUCUUUUGUCAUUUGUGGUGGUUUAAAAGGUGCUCAAUUGGUACUAUGGGGGCCAAAGUGUGUAUUUUGGCCAAAGGCCAAACUACUCAGACCAGUCCAUCUGGCACCAACAAUCAUGCCACAUUUAAAGUCACUUUUUUUAAAAUCGCCUUUCUUCACCACCUUUCUGAUGCUCAGUUUGAAUUUCAGCGGUUGGCGUUGACCAUGUUUAAAUGCCUAAAUGUAUUCGGUUGCUGCCAUGUAUUUGGAUGAUUAACAACCAAUUAAGCAGGUGUACCCAAUGAAGUGGCCAGCUCUUGCUAGUCUGUCUGUGUGAUCAAUACACCUAAUUGGACUACAUUCACUCAUCCAUCUGACAUGUCAAUCAGCCUAUUGAUCUAUCCCUAAAACUGGGCACAUUUGCCAACGACUCUGUGUCAAGAGAAAGAGCUCUAUUGAUUGGAUGAUUAGAGCUAGUGUAGAGGGAUGGGUUUUCCUGUCAGCAAAAAUGGUUUUAGUAUGUAUAAGUGUUCUUUGUAGCAAAUGUGUGAAUAUCAGGCCUUAUUUACUUGUUUAAAUGCUGUAUGAAGCCCUUAUGACUGAAAAUCUAUCUUACUUAGUUGUGAAUGAACUGCACCUGUGCAUAAAUGCUACAUGUAAGAAGCGAUUGUUGGAUAGCCACCUUUUUUCCAUCACUGUCACAAUUUUUUGAUCUGUAUAUUAAUGUUGUAAAACAUUUAUUCAGUAAAUAAAGUACAGUUCAUUUUAA